AUGGUAGUUGGCACGACAGUCGAUGGAAGUGUAGAAACUUCUUGGAAAUGGGAGGAUUGUGUUAUAACUGUUGAUGAUCUAGUCUUCCUAGUUGAAUUGAUUUUUCUACCACUUAAGAGGGUGUACGUGGUUUUGGGAAUGGAUUGGCUUUCUUCCAAUUCAGUGCUCAUUAAUUGUAAGGAAAGAGCCAUCCUGGUCCCAACUGUUGAAACUAUCCUAGAAGACACAAUGACUACUCUAUUGGAAGUUUGUGAAUUUCCGGGAGUCUUCCCAGAGGAUAUCACUACCUUACCUCCAGAGAGGGAAGUGGAAUUAUCUAUCGACUUGGUACCGAAAACAACCCCAGUUUUUGUUACUCCUUAUCGAAUGUCACUAGUUGAAAUUAGCAUGUAUCUUCUCGAAAAUUGA